AACCCAAGCCAAAUCAAGGUUGAAAAGAUGAAGUUCAUGUUGUGUUCCUUACCAGAAAAUCGAACCCACCACCCACAGCAGCAACCGGCGGCACAAGGAAGGAGAAGGCAACAGCAGAUCUGGAAUUUUCUGCAGGAGGAGAAGGUUUCUAAGCUCCUAAAUCUUGUCCUUGAACCAAAAAGAAGGAAAAAAACCCAAGCUUCUUAUCGGUUUCCUCAAGGCAUGGCUGUCGGCUUGCUUGCUCCUUGUUCGGCUACAGGGGGGAGGGGUGAUGACUACUGGAGGACUAUAGAUAUUUAUAUUGAUGGUAGACAAUUAAGUGCUAGCUUGUUUGUUUUAGAUAUCUCUGAUUUUGACAUCAUUUUGAGGAUGAAUUGGCUGCCAAAAUAUUUUGCCUCUAUAGACUGCAACCGUAAAUGGGUGAUUUUUAAUAUCCUCGGGGAGCCAAAAUUUAGUUUCCAAGGCAGUGGUUCCUUUACUCCACCCAUACUGAUAUCGGCCUUGCAAGCUCAGAAAUAUCUCAUAAAUGGUUGCCAAGGUUUCUUAGUUUCUGUCACUGAUGUUAGUAGUGUGACAUUGAGACUAGAAGACAUUCCUGUGGUGUGUGAGUUUCCGGAUGUAUUUUCAGAGGAUCUCCCAGGUUUACCUCCUAAUAGGCAGAUUGAAUUUGCUAUUGAUCUUGUUCUUGGCACCGGACCUAUUUCCAAAACUCCGUACUAUAUGGCUCUUGCGGAAUUGAAGGAGUUAAAGGUCCAGCUGGAGGAACUCCUUGAGAAAGGGUUUAUACGACCUAGUGUGUUACCUUGGGGAGCUCCAGUGUUGUUUGUUAAAAAGAAGGAUGGGAGCAUCAGAUUGCGCAUAGAUUACCGAGAACUAAAUAAGGUGACUGUGAAAAACCGAUAUCCCCUUCCUAGAAUUGAUGACUUGUUUGAUCAGCUUAAGGGUGCCCAAGUGUUUUCUAAGAUUGAUCUCCGGUUUGGCUACCAUCAGUUGAAGAUUAGACUUGAUGAUGUUCCAAAGACUGCCUUUCGUACCCGCUAUGGUCGUUAUAAAUUCUUGGUUAUGCCUUUUGGCUUAACAAAUGCCAUUGCAAGAUUUAUGGAUUUGAUGAAUCGAGUAUUUAGCAAGUUCCUAGAUAAGUUUGUGGUUGUCUUUAUUGACAACAUUUUGAUUUACUCUUCUAGCCAUGCUUUUCAUAAAAAGCACUUGAGAACAGUUCUCGAGACAUUGAGAAUUGAGAGGCUGUUUGCUAAAUUUAAGAAGUGUGAGUUUUGGCUAGAUAAUGUUGCAUUCCUAGGUCACGUUGUGACUAAGGAUGGAAUCUUCGUUGACUCGCAGAAGGUUGAGGCCGUGAUGGAUUUGAAAAGGCCGAAUAGUGUUGUGAAAGUCCGUAGUUUUCUAGGAUUUGUUGGUUAUUACCGUCGAUUUGUUGGGGAUUUCUCUAAAAUUGCUCUGCUAAUGACCCGUCUAAUCAGGAAGGGCACCAAAUUUGAGUGGACUCCAGAGUGUGAGAAGAGUUUUCUAACCCUUAUAGAGAAACUAGUCACUGCUCCUAUACUCGCACUUCCCAUCAAUGGGCAAGGAUUCACUAUAUAUAGUGAUGCCUCUAAAAAGGGUUUGGGAUGUGUCUUGAUGCAGAAAGAUAAGGUUAUUGCAUAUGCUUCAUGGCAGUUAAAGCCUUAUGAAGAAAAUUACCCUACCCAUGAUCUGAAGUUGGCAGCUGUGAUAUUUGCACUCAAGAUCUGGAGACAUUAUCUAUACGAUGAGACCUGUGAAAUUUUCACUGAUCACAAGAGUCUUAAGUAUAUUUUCAUUCAAAAGGAGCUUAACAUGAGGCAAAGGCAAUGGCUUGAACUUUUGAAAGAUUAUGACUUGAUCAUUAGCUACCAUCCAAGCAAAGCCAAAAAAGUAGUAGAUGCAUUAAGUAAGAAGUCCUCUAGCACUACCUCUAGCAUCCUAGCCACCCAGAAAGAGAUACUUGAGGACCUUGUGAAACUGGAUGUGGAGUUGAGAGUGGACAGUACUACAGCUUAUCUAGCUGCUCUCAGUGCACAACCGGCAUUAAUUGAUAGAAUUAAAGUUGCCCAACAAAAAGAUCCUUUCUUGCAAAGGCUGUGUGUACCAAGAUAUCAUGCUUUAAGGCGUGAGAUUAUGGGAGAUGCCCAUAAUACUAGUUACACAGUUCACCAAGCCGCGUGUUUCUGCUCAUUCUCCUUCUCCCCUGCACCGACCAAGCACCCAGCCAAGCUUGACAACACCUCACUUGGAAAAUCGAAUUUCCAGAUCUGCUCUGUUUUGUUCCUUCCGUCUGCUACUCUUGUUUGUGGGUGUGAUUUUUCCAAAUUUCUGUUUUCGUAGAUCCCCCUAAAUUUUCUGCACUUCCGGCCUGCUUUCUCCCAAACUCGCCAGCUCCAGCCUUGCUUGCUGAAAUUCUGGUAUGACAGCUUAAUCUAAGUCCCAAAUUACCCAUUAGUUGCUAAAUUUAGUCCAGUUAAUUGCUGCCCUGUGUUGUCUGAAUUUUGCUAAAAUGGGAAAGGAAUUUCGGUAGCAAUUAGGACAAUUUAAGCAUUAAUUCAAGUAGAAUUUAUGUGAUUGAGUGUUAAUUAGCUACUGUGAGGUUCUGGAGAAAAAUCUUGUGAAAUUAGCUGUUGUUUUGCCAAUUUUUGGAAGUUACAGUUAUUAUUCACUACAUAAUUACUGUUCACGGGUUCUUGAUUGUUCUGUCACCCAACACUUGGAGUGAAUUUUCUGCGUUAUGUGAUUGAGAUAAGUAAAUUAUGGUAACGCCCUUCAAUUUCAAAGCAUAUUUUAAAUUGUUUUUGAGAUGGUGGCAAGGCUUAAAUUGAUUUUAUUAGCACCGAGCAUGAUUGGUUUGAAAUGAAAUUGUUUUCAUUUGCAUUGAGUAGAGCAUGCCUACUUGGAAAUUACUAAACUGCUUUGAUGAUUGAGAAUUUUUGUAAAUUUUGAUUUUCCUAUUAAAUCCAUGCUCGCAUGGAAUUUUUUCGGUUUAUUCUUGAAAUCUGAGAUUGAUUGUGAAUCACGGAUUUUUCCUGUAAAUCCUGCAUGGUUUUGUCUCAGAUAUAGUCAUGAUUACUGAUUAUUGACUCCCGCUAGUGAGAGGUUGUAAACGCUAGCACAUGUCGAGAUGUUUACUGAUAAGACCGGUUCAUUCUAUAAUCCUACCAAUGGGAUAAUAUAUUGGUUAUUACUGACGCUUGCCAAUGGGCGAAUACAUUGGUAAUUACUGAUGCCUGCUAAUGGGCGAAUACAUUGGCAUGCUAAAAUUUUACUCACAGGCUAUCCAUAUUUUUACUUACUGAGAUAUUUUAUCUCAUAGUUUUCCUUGGCCACCAUUUCAAGUAGUGAGACCUGAGGCACGGUUAACCAGGGGGAGUGACGAGCUAGAUGGCUAGUUAGUAUUUUGGACAUAGAUCCUUUUUGGACUUAGGCCAUUAGCCACACAUGUUUGACAUAUAUGUGAACUGAUAAAUCAUUUUUUGUGUACUGAUUUUCCUUGGUUAUAUCCAUGAUUGUUUUAUAAACGUUGUACAUCUGAACUAAUAAAUUUUUGGUAACUGAAAGCUAGUUAUUACUCGAGUUUUUUGAUUUAAGCUAUGUAAAUUGGUAGUUAUGAACACUAUCAGUUCCGAACCUUGUGCAUUUGUGAG